AUGACGCCUCUGUUAUUGGCCAUCAGUUUUGUUGUUUUACUCUCCACCAUAUCGGAGGUGGUUGGAACACCUCAGGGGCAUACAUCAUCUGCCGGACAAUUCAUACCUUUGACACGGAGGACCCAGCCUUCACGGAAUGUCUCAGAGUGGGCGGAGUAUGCGAAGAACCUGCGGGACGCCACAAUUGCGAAGUACUCUUCACAACUUAGUCAAAAGCGGGGAACGGGCGAGAACUUGAUGGUCAACCAGGGGUUGGACACAAACUUUUACGGAUCCCUGGAUGUGGGUACACCACCUUACCCAUUUGAUGUGAUUUUAGACACUGGAUCCUCAGAUAUGUGGAUUGCCUCGUCCGCAUGCCAAUCUACGUGUGAAGGAACGGGCAAUUUUGACUCGGCAAAGUCCUCUACGUUUCAAAAUAUGAAUAAGAGCUUUAGUGUAACCUACGAGAAAGGUUACGCAGCAGGUACCAUUGGGCAAGAUGUUGUUCAAUUCGCUGGUUUCACGAUCUCCGACCAAACAUUCGGGGUGGUGACAACUACCGCGACGAACUUCUUGCAAAAUCCUGUCACCGGGAUCUUGGGUCUCGCAUGGCAGUCGCUCGCAGCCUCUGGUGCCAUGCCAUUUUGGCAGGCGCUUGCAAGUAAUGGCCAAUGGAGCCAACCCUUGAUGGCUUUCCAGUUGACUCGUCAAGCUGGCAAACUAGAACCUGGGGGAUCUUUUACAAUGGGUGCGAGAGCAACUCAUGACAUUCCUGGCGUGUCUUACCUUCGUUUCCAGGAUAUACAAACGAGAGUUUAUACACCGGAACGAUUGACUAUCAGGAUCUUCCCGAUGGACAAGCCUCGUACUGGCUUCAAACAAAUUACUUCGAUGACUGUGCAAGGAAAACCCAUAUCUUUGCCAGAUGGCAGUGCGUCUUAUGCUGUCAUUGAUACCGGUACGACACUCGUGGCAGGGCCUGCGGCUGAGAUCGCAGCCAUUUACGCCCAGAUCCCUGGAUCUCAGCCUGGGACGGGCAGCUGGGAGGGAUUCUACAGUUACCCCUGUGACACUGCUGUUGUGGUGGAGAUCUCGUUUGGAGGGCCCAAUUGGUCAGUGAGCUCCGGUGACUUCGCGUUCGCAUCUACAGGCACCUCGAAUGAAUGCUAUGGGGCAUUUUAUGCAAUACCUACAUCUGGUGAAACCCCUUCCUGGAUCAUGGGCGACACGUUCUUGAAAAACGUUUAUUCAGUUUUCCGAUACGAUCCCCCGUCUGUCGGAUUCGCGGCACUGUCUGAAAUCGCACUCGCGAUGAACGGCAAAGUUGGAGGAAUACCUUCCGCUACUCUCGGUGCCAACUCGGCAAUGUUUACUUUAGAGCCAAGCGCGGCGCCCCCAACACGCACUUCUAGCGCAGUUGCAUUUGUCAUUUCCGCUUUCUUCGCCACCUUGGUGUCAUUUAUACAAGCAUAA